AUGAGUAAAGGUAUUGCACUUGAAAACCUUCCAGUUGAUUUACAACAUAGAGGAGUCACACAAAACGAAAGCACUGCUGAUAUACUGAGCCAGCUGCCACAUGAACGAUUACAAGCCGUCCUAGAAAAGAUACCAGAAGAUGAUCUUGAGGUGAGAAACUUGCUUUUAAUUCUGAAAAAACCGGAAGUAGUGGAGAAUGAAGAUGUACAACAGCGAAGAAUGCGGUUGGCUGAAAUGCUAAUGGCUGACGAAAUUGAUCCUGGUAGUAUUAAUAACACGGAAGGGAUAAACGGUGAAGAAGAAGAUGAGGAAGACGAUGAAGAGUUCUUUACUCCAGCAACAUCUGAACUCAUCCAGGCGAGAAAGUUUUUGAUAAAAUAUUCACUUGAUAGAUCUCGAAAGAGGUUACAGAAAGAGAUGGAAAGACAUCAAAAGUUCAAUACAAGACAAGAAUUACUUAGUCGGCGUACGGAACUACGACGUAUGGCUAAUUUAGAGCUCGCUGGUUCUCAAUUGUUAUCUACAAAGCCUAUUUCAGCAGUUUCUUUAUCUCCCGAUGACAUGGUUGUCGCAACUGGAAGCUGGGCAGGUGAUCUUCGGGUAUUAAAUUCUCAAACACUGCAGCCGUUGACGCAAAAACUCGAUUCUCACGUAGGAAAAAUUGGGGCUAUAGAUUGGCAUCCUGAUUCAAACAACCAAAUGGUUUCAUGCGGGGAAGACGGGCUCAUCAAAAACUUUCAAUAUUUAUACGAAGAGGGCGAACUUAGAUUAUUGGGAGAUCUCGUGGGACAUGAAAGACGCGUUUCUGAUGUGAAAUACCACCCUAGUGGCAAAUUUAUAGGCAGCGCCUCUCACGAUAUGACUUGGAGACUUUGGGAUGCAUCAACACAUCAGGAACUAUUACUACAAGAAGGCCAUGCUAAGGGCGUAUUUAGUCUGUCUUUUCAAUGCGAUGGGUCUCUUGUUUGUAGCGGUGGCAUGGACUCCCUUUCAAUGCUAUGGGACAUACGAUCUGGAAGUAAAGUGAUGACCCUAGCAGGACACUCCAAGCCUGUUUACUCCGUAGCUUGGUCAACAAACGGGUACCAAGUAGCCACUGGUGGUGGUGAUGGAUUAAUUAAUGUUUGGGACAUCAGAAAACGUGAUGAAGGUCAAUUAAAUCAAAUAUUGGCGCAUCGUAACAUCGUUACGCAAGUGCAGUUUUCAAAAGACGACGGCGGCAAGAAAUUUGUCUCUUGUGGUUAUGAUAAUUUGAUCAAUGUGUAUAGUAGUGAUACAUGGUUAAAAAUGGGAAGUCUAGAAGGUCACACUGAUAAAAUUAUAAGUUUGGAUAUUUCAAGCGAUUCUCAUUUUUUAGUGACCGGUGGUUGGGAUAGGUCUAUUAAGCUCUGGAAUUGA